UUUAACUCAGAUCAGAAUGCGCGUACUCCUCCUGUGCUUGGGAUGCCUGUUGGCGAUCGUGGCGGCCGCAAAAGACUACGACGAGCUCUUUCAAACCGAUACCACGAUGCUUUUGAAUGACGAGUCAAAGUGGAAGACCCUCUUCAACUGCCUAAUGGGCCGCGGCCCUUGUGAAGAGUACGAGGGUGUAAAAGAUACGCUACCUAAACUUGUCCUGAGCAACUGCGAAGAAUGCACCCCAGAACAGAAGGAGAAAUUCAACAAGACCAUGAAACAGUUUCUGGAGAAGUACCCCGAGGAUUACACGGAGCUAUCCAAUAAGUUACUCCCUAAGCCUGAAUAAAUGAUUAU